ACACAAACAAACAUAGUCUUACGUUGUGACGACGAUGACCGGACAAUCUAGGAAGUGGAUGGUCCUGGUGGCGACCAUCUGGAUUCAGGCCUUCACCGGUACAAACUUCGACUUCUCCGACUACUCCUCUUCCCUCAAAUCCCUUCUCAACAUCUCUCAGAUCAAACUCAACUACCUGGCCACGGCCAAUGACAUGGGCAAAGUCUUCGGCUGGUCCUCCGGCCUCGCCCUCUCUCGUCUCCCGCUCUCCGUCGUCAUCUUCAUCGCCUCCGCCAUGGGACUCCUCGGCUACGGCCUACAGUGGCUCGCCAUCAAAAAUCUCAUCGCCUUGCCUUAUUACCUGUUCUUUCUUCUGAGUUUGUUGAGUGGCUGUAGCAUCUGUUGGUUCAACACAGUUUGCUUUGUUCUCUGCAUUAGGAAUUUUCCAGUGAACAGACCCCUUGCAUUGUCUCUCACAGUGAGUUUCAAUGGCGUGAGUGCUGCACUCUACACACUUGCUGCCAAUUCAAUAGACCCUUCAUCUGAUUCACUCUACCUUCUCUUGAAUGCCGUUGUGCCUCUUCUCACUUCCCUUGCAGCACUAAUCCCAAUUCUUCUCCAACCUCCUUUAGACUCUCUCUCUAGAUCUGCAGAUGCUGCUCGCAGAAACUCAGUGAUAUUUCUAGUACUAAACUUUCUCGCCAUUUUCACUGGCAUUUACCUCCUCCUCUUUGCCUCAUCAACUUCUGACGAAGCCACAUCGAGGAUCUACUUUGGUGGGGCCAUUUUUCUCCUCGUAUCCCCACUAUGCAUCCCUGGCACCAUCUAUGCUCGAGGUUGGUUUCACAAUGCCAUCCAUUCCAGCUUUCAGGUGGAAGGCUCUGGCUUCAUUCUUGUUCAUGUUGAUGAUCUUGAGCUUCAUAAAGAACUCCUCACCCGUCAGAACAGUGCUCUCAAUCUCAGCAAUGGAGAUGAUCACGGCCUGUUGGGUGAGAAUGGAUCCGUGCAUGGAGGUCAGAGGGCAAAAACCAGUGACGUGGGCUGUGACAAGGUGCUUGGUCAGGAUCAGUUGACAAUGCUAGGAGAAGAGCACACCGCUGCAGAGGUAGUCCAGAGGGUGGAUUUCUGGCUCUAUUAUAUUGCAUACUUCUGUGGUGGCACAAUUGGUCUUGUCUACAGCAACAAUCUGGGACAGAUAGCUCAAUCUUUAGGCCUGAGUUCAAGUAUAUCUACCCUUGUCACGCUAUACUCAUCAUUUUCUUUCUUUGGUCGCUUGCUUUCAGCUGUACCAGACUACAUUCGAAACAAAUUCUACUUUGCAAGAACCGGAUGGCUAGCCAUUGGGCUUUUCCCAACCCCAGUUGCAUUUAUAUUGCUUGCUGUAUCAGACAGUGAAGCUGCACUUAAAGUUAGCACUGCACUGAUUGGUCUGAGUUCCGGUUUCAUCUUCGCAGCAGCAGUGGCAGUUACAUCGGAACUAUUUGGACCCAACAGUGUGAGUGUCAAUCACAACAUUCUUAUAACGAACAUUCCAAUUGGGUCUCUUCUGUAUGGUUUUCUGGCUGCAGCGAUCUACGAUGCCAAUGCUUACUCAGUCACAACAGGUGACUUUAUGGGUGACACACUGGUGUGCAUGGGAAGGAAGUGCUACUUCUGGACAUUUGUGUGGUGGGGAGGAAUAUCUGUACUAGGACUAGCUUCUAGUGUGCUGUUGUUCUUGAGAACCAAACACGCCUAUGAUCAUUUUGAGAGACAUCGUUCGAGGAUUUCGGCGCAGUCACUUGUGUCUUAGCAUAUUACACCGGUGAAAGGUGGAAAUCAUAGAAUUGUUGAUGGCAAAUCCUAUGGUGCCCUCUUGGUUAAAGGGUUUUGUUGAACUGUGAUUCAGACCAAUUCAGUCACAGUGAGUAACUUCAUUUAGCUGACUCAACCUCGUGGUGAUUGUGCUUUGGAAGUUCAUAGUAUCCUUGGGGGCAUAAUUAUGUUCUUGCAUAGUUCCUCUGAUACGCCAACUACUAAUGAUUGAAGGUUUGAAACAAAGACAGACUCUUCAAACCAGACAAGUACCUGCGACUUUUCCUUCUGACUUGAUUAUCAGAAAGUAUAUAUAGCUCCCUUUUUAAGCCUACUGUAAUAUCGUGUACAGGUAGGUAAAAAGUUCACUGUAACAUUAUAAUCAUAUAUAGAAUAUGGUCUUCCAAACCACAACGCGGAUGAAGUGAUACAGGAAAUUUUAAUCACCAAAACAAUAUCUCAAAUUGACAAAUAUUAAAUUUUUUUGUUA